AUGUUCAAUCAAAGCAACUCAUUGAGGACGGGAACGUCGAAUACAUCAAAUCCAAUGCAAGACUUUGAGGUUGUCUCGCCGCCUGAUGACUCAGUCUCAAGCCUGGCGUUCAGUCCAGCGUCAAUACCACAGAAUUUUCUAGUGGCUGGCUCCUGGGACUGUAAUGUUCGUUGCUGGGAAGUAGAGCAAUCAGGCAAGACUGUACCAAAAUCAAUGCAAAGUAUGGCAGCGCCUGUCUUAGCUGUGUGCUGGAGCGAUGAUGGAACCAAAGUAUUUAUGGCGGGUUGCGACAAGACAGCAAAGUGCUGGGAUUUGGCUACAAAUCAAAGUGUACAAGUAGCAGCUCACGAUGCACCUAUUAGAACAUGUCACUGGAUAAAAGCAUCUACAUAUUCCUGUCUAAUGACUGGUUCCUGGGAUAAGACAUUGAGGUUUUGGGAUCUGCGUAGUCCUAAACCUGCAAUGACUAUUAAUCUGCCUGAAAGAUGCUAUUGCUCAGAUGUGGACUAUCCUAUGGCAGUUGUGGGAACAGCUGGGCGUGGUUUAAUAGUUUAUCAACUAGAAGGCAGUCCUCGUGAAUAUAAACCCGUCGAGUUGAGCCUAAAAUAUCAGUACCGUUGUGUGGCAAUCUUUAGAGACAAGAAGAAAGUACCGACCGGUUUUGCAAUAGGAAGCACGGAAGGACGCGUUGCAAUUCAUCAUCUGAAUCUCAGUACAAAGGAGAACUUUACGUUUAAAUGCCACAGGACCAAUGGCACGCCUAAUGGAUAUCAAGAUAUCUAUGCGGUAAACGAUAUAGCAUUCCACCCGGUACAUGGCACGGUAGCGACCGUAGGCGGCGAUGGUACUUUCGGAUUUUGGGACAAAGAUGCACGUACUAAACUGAAAUCCUCUGAAACAAUGGAGCAACCCAUCACACGUUGCUGUUUCAAUCACAAUGGACAGAUAUUUGCAUAUGCUGUUUCUUACGAUUGGUCAAAGGGCCAUGAGUACUAUAUUCCGGCAAAGAAAAAUCAGAUAUUUUUGAGACCUUGUUACGAUGAACUAAAACCGAAGGCUACGCCUUAAGCUGGAUGACAUUCGAGCGAAACAAUGUGUGAAUCUAGGUGCAAUUACGAGGAUUCACGUAUUUUUAUUCGAUAAAAACUGUACUAUCGAUACUUUUUUUUACGUACAACUGUUAAUAUGCGUGUAAUGUAAAAUACAGUUAAAACAGUAAUUAUUGGGGUUUUUUUUGUACGUUAGACAUAAAGAAUUGGUACUGGGAAACACGUUUUGAUAUAAUGUCGUUUGUGUAUCUUAUUUGUUAGUAUUUAUUUUUACAAGAGAACCUGAACACGACGAUGAAUUCUAAGACAUUGGACGAUAGUAGAGCGAUGCCACAAUUCAUAAAGCGAGCUGAUAUUUACAUAAUCCUUUCUAUAAAAUAUACAUUUUUUUAACAA